GAACAAAUUGACUAAAUCUCAAUUUUUCUAGUUAUUUUUAUUUCUUUCUUUAUUUAUACUUAUAAAAUUCAUUUCACAUCAAACCGAAUAUCUAUAUCAUAACCUUAAACAAAAUGGGGAAGAAGAAGAGAAGUAGGGUUUCUGAUGAUGAUGAGGGAUUCGAAACCCACUCUUCUGAUCACAACGAGAACACCCUCUAUCAGGUUCUUGGUGUGGAGCCAACAGCAUCUCAACAGGAAAUAAAGAAGGCAUACCACAAGUUGGCAUUGAGGCUGCAUCCUGAUAAGAACCCUGGUGAUGAGGAAGCUAAAGCUAAGUUUCAACAAUUACAACAUGUUUUCUCAAUUCUUGGGGAUGAAGAAAAGCGGGCUGUUUAUGAUCAGACUGGUUGUGUUGAUGAUGCCGAGCUUGCAGGGGAAGUUGUUCAGAAUCUCAAAGAAUAUUUCAAAGCAAUGUACAAGAAGGUCACUGAAGCUGAUAUUGAGGAGUUUGAAGCAAACUAUAGGGGAUCUGAUUCCGAGAAAAAUGAUUUGAUUAACCUCUACAAGAAGUACAAGGGUAAAAUGGAUAGGUUAUUCUGUUCAAUGCUUUGUUCAGAUCCUAAACUUGAUUCGCACCGAUUCAAGGAUAUUCUUGAUGAGACUAUAGCUGCUGGAGAACUAAAGGAAACAAAAGCCUACAAGAAAUGGGCAAAAAAAAUAUCAGAAACCAAACCACCUACCAGUCCCGUAAGAAGGCAGGCAAAAUCAUCAAAGGAACAAUCAGAAACAGAUCUGUGUGCCAUCAUAUCACAGCGUCAACAUGAGAGGAAAAACCGCCUUAAUUCUAUGUUCUCAUCUCUAAUUUCAAAGUAUGGUGGGGAUCAAAUGCCAGAACCCUCUGAAGAGGAAUUUGAAGCUACACAGAGAAAACUGGAAAAGCGUAGGUCCUCAAAAAAGUCAAAGCAAAGAUAACCAAUUCAUUGUUUGUGAAAAUUCUUCUUUUCUGCUGAAGGAUAGUUAAUUUGUGGCUGGUUACUGUCAAUGCUGCAACAUCAGGAACUUUCCUAAAAGUGUUAGGCUUUUAUGUUCAUCAACUAUCAGUUUUCUCUGUUUCAAUUUUAUCACUAUUUGAUUUAAAUGACACAUCCAUUAACUUCUUCAA